AGAGCUCUGUUUUGACGUUGAUCGUAACGCACCACAACAAUCCGAAAUGACUCAGUCAAUUGUUGUACAGGUCGGUCAAUGUGGAAACCAGAUUGGGUGCAGAUUCUGGGAUUUAGCAUUACGGGAGCAUGCUGCUGUCAAUAAAAAUGGUGUCUAUGAUGAAUCUGUUGGGAGUUUUUUUAGGAAUGUUGAUUCUCGAUAUGAAAACCCAUCAGAUAUUCCUUUGGGACAAGGACAAGGGAAGAUAAAGUCUCUAAAAGCAAGAGCAGUCCUAGUAGACAUGGAGGAGGGCGUGGUCAGUGAGAUGACCAAGGGACCACUGAGAGAAGUGUUUGAUUACCAGCAGCUCAUCACUGAUGUCUCAGGGUCAGGAAAUAACUGGGCAGUAGGACACAAAAUGUAUGGAACUAUGUACAAAGAGAAACUAUCAGAGGUUAUCCGGAGGGCAGCAGAAUUCUGUGACUGUCUGCAGUGUUUUUUUGUUCUGCAUUCAAUGGGUGGAGGAACGGGCUCCGGGGUGGGAACUUUUAUAUUGAACCUUUUGGCUGACGAGUACCCAGAUGUGUACAGAUUUGUUACUGCAGUUUAUCCAUCAUCAGAAGAUGACGUUGUGACGUCUCCGUACAACAGCGUAUUAGCCAUGCGCGAGUUGACUGAUAAAGCAGACUGUGUGUUGCCUAUAGAAAACCAGGCUCUUGUGGACAUUGUUAAUAAGAUAAGCCAGUCUGUCCCUUCAGCCAAGCUUGGCAAGAGAGUGUUCACUGCCAGCGGGGUGAAGGCCGGAAGCGCCAUUUCGGAGGGAGAAGGAGGGUUAUCGAAGCCAUCAGACGAAAGACCGUUUGACAGUAUGAACAACAUUGUAGCUAAUUUGCUUCUAAACAUGACCAGUUCUGCCAGAUUUGAGGGAUCUUUAAAUGUGGACUUAAACGAGAUCACGAUGAAUCUUGUUCCUUUCCCAAGAUUACAUUAUUUAGUUUCCAGCCAGACACCACUAUUUUCUCUGUCCGAUGUUCACCUUCCUCCCAGAAGAUUGGACCAAAUGUUCUCGGAUGCCUUUUCUCGAGACCAUCAGCUAAUUAAAGCGGAUCCUAAACAUAGCUUGUAUCUGGCAUGCGCAUUAAUGGUCCGCGGUAACGUGGAAAUCUCCGACGUCAGGAGAAAUAUUGAAAGGUUGAAGCCAAAUUUGAAGUUUAUCCACUGGAAUAAUGAAGGCUGGAAAACUGGUCUCUGUUCUGUACCCCCUGUAGGCCAGAACUACUCCCUCCUAACCCUGGCCAAUAACACUUGUGUACACAAUACCUUUGUGGAUCUCAAAGACCGCUUCAACAGGCUGUAUAAAAGAAAGGCUCAUGUUCAUCAUUAUACGUCAGUAGAGGGCAUGGAGGUGGCGGAUUUCAGUGAGAGUCUGGAGUCCUUGACGUCACUGGUAGAGGACUACAAGGGCUUAGAACAACAAAUGAACAACCCCCCUCCUGCAGAGCCUCGACUGGAAAUCUUCAAGUGACGUAACGCGUUGGUUGCUAAUGGAGAUCAUCCGGGUGUCUAGACGCCAGCAGUCCAAAGUCACAACAGAGGGAGGACACGAUUUCGACAGCGGAAGCUGUAUAAUAGAGACUGUUGCAAAAGCCUUGAGAAACAUACAAUACUUUCAAUCUGUUGAAAAAUAUGUUUUUCAUAGCGACAGGACUGAGUGUAUAUGACAUGAUGGAUGGCAUUGUUUUAUUAACUGUGGCAUUUCUGACG